AAUUGUAUAGCAAAGCAAAGAGAAUAGUCUGAUGAAAGUCUAGGAAGCAUCUCUUUGUUGGAAUUAAAUGAUUUUUACUGUUUUAUAGAUAUCAUAUUUAUUUAAUAAUCAAAGAAUAAUAAUUUAAUCGAAAGUAAGACCUGUCACUUUUUUUAACUCUAGGAUAGGUUAGAAAUUGUAAGUUUUUGUAUAAAAAGGAAAUACACAAAGGAUAUAAUGUUCCAUGGGGAACAAUUUAUAUAUAUAUAAUAAUAAUAUAAUAUAUCUUGAAGAAAAUUUCAAUUUUAACACAUUAACCUUUCAUUCUGUCAAAAUUCUACAUUGCAAUAUAUAAUGGACAACCUCAUAAAUAAAUUUGAAGAUUUAAAGAUACCAGAAACUACAAUGACAGAAGAACUAUGGUUAAAAUGGAUUGAUGUUGUAGAAAAUAGUUUUGUACCACAGAAAAUAUGUGGCAAUGAACGACCACUCGAGGAAGAAGACUUCAGAGAAUAUAGAGCUAUAGUGGAUAGAAAUUUAAAUAAUAUUAAAAUGAUGUUAGAAUCUGUUCUAGAAAAGUGUAAGGAAACUAAUAAACGAAUAGAUUGUGACAGUAUAUUAGGAAAAACAUUUGGUAUGAAUUUAUUAUACUUGAUUGGAGAAAUGCAUGAGAAAAAUGUUUGGAACACUGCAGAAUCAGUGAAAAUUUCCAAAACAUUAUCUUCUUAUUUCUGUCAAUUAUAUGUCUAUGAAAACGUUAAAGACUUUAUAUGGCUAGGUAAUAAUAUUGUUGUGAUGUUUGAAAAGUUUAGAUACAAAUUGCAACGUGACACUUGGAAAACUUAUCCAUCUGCUGUUGCAUGGUACAAAUGGUUCAUACAUCAUAUAAAGGGAUUUACUCCAUUCAAGAUUCGUGAAGUAUUAUUUCCAACGAUUCUAAUAAUUCUUGAUGAUUAUGUACCCGAAAAUAUAGUCAAAGGAUUAGAAUGCUUACAUUUACUUACAAAUAACUCUUGUCCAUUAUUGAAAAAAGAAUUUAUAGAAACUGGUUAUGCAGAAGCAAUUUAUUACUCAUUAGAACGUCUAGCUCAUCAAAGAAAUGUGAUAUAUACUGUACCCUUGUAUUUGUGUUUAAAAGAUAUCUUAGAAAUGCUGGACAUGCAUGAUAAUAUUAAUUUAUUUGAGUGGAAUAAACGAGAUGUAAUACUUUCAAUAUUAUUAAGUCAUAUGGAAUUUGAACAAGAUGUAGAAUUACGUCAUGCUUAUAUGUUAAGUUUACCACAACUUCUUAGCAUUGGUAGUACCAAAUGGUGUGACAAAAUUGCAAGAAUACUUUCUGAUUAUUGUAAACAUCAGACAGAUCUUAGAACUUUGAAAGUUACGGUAAAGGCUGUCAAAGUUUAUAUUAUGAUGUUCAACUUUCGAGUAGUGUCAAAAUAUGUAUCAUUGUGUAAGGAAUUAAUAGAAUUACGUUUUGAUUUAAUGAAAACACCUAUAUUUGAUAUGGAAAUAGUGCAAAAUUUAGAAGAUUGCAUUUUUUAUUUCUAUAAAAAUCCACCCAGUGCAGGCUGUUUUCAUAAUGAUUGUUACAAACCUCAAAUACAAGGUCUGAGUUAUAAUAAAUAUUUGGAAUAAAUGUUCUCUAAGUCAUUUUAU